CUGUGCUGUGCAGUCCACAGUGGUGGUGGCGGUAGACAAAAGUGACCCAACCCAACCAACCAACUGUGCUGUGCGGUGCUGUGCUGUGCAGUCCACAGUGGUGGUGGCGGUAGACAAAAGUGACCCAACCCAACCAACCAACUGUGCUGUGCUGUGCUGUGCUGUGCUGUGCAGUCCACAGUGGUGGUGGCAGAAGACAAGACCAACCCAACCAACCAACUGUGCUGUGCUGUGCUGUGCUGUGCAGUCCACAGUGGUGGUGGCAGAAGACAAGAGUGACCCAACCAUCCAACUGUGCUGUGCUGUGCUGUGCUGUGCCGUGCACAGUACUGGUGGAUGUAGUCAGUAGUGACAAUGUCGUGACUGUCUGUGCUGUGCUGUGCUGUGCUGUGCUCACACAUCACACACCGAGUGACACCCCGAAGUUAAGGUCCUGGCUGCACCAUCCAUAUAAUAUAACCGAAGACACCCCAUCGGCAGCACCUCAGCAAAGACACACCACCAGUUACACGCCCCAGUUAGUUAUAGUUAGUGUGUAUACUAGGUGUGUUAAGUAUUAGUCACCAAUCAACUCCUUGUUGCACCAUUGAGCUCUGAAUUGUGUGUUUGGAAAUAAAAUCCAGUUUAAGUACAUUAAAGUUUGAAGAUAAAAGUCACUUCUUUACACCCUUGGCCCAACACAGUCAACUUCGGCGAUCGCUAAUCGACGGGUAGUUGGUUAGGACGUGAUCCCAGUGGGAAUCUCGAGUAGACCCAACAACUAUAUAUCUGUAAUAUAAAAUAUAUUAGUAGUUCCAUACAUACAUACAUACAUACAUACAUACUUUAAUGAAGAUUUACAUUAUUCCUUAGUAAAAACAUAAGGAUAUAGAUUUAUUUUGAGCCCCAGAAAAAGGUCAUAAUCAUUGAGGACAGUUGAACUUUAAUGACCUAUGUAUCCUCAAAUUUCUCCAUACACCUCGAAAAUAUGCCACAAAUGGAAAAAACAUCAAAAUAUGUCUGUGCGGGACAAAUACAGCCCCAGUCCACCUCUGGUAACUAAUCCUCCCACAUAUUUAUGCACAUUUUAGUAAUAUCGUGAAUGCAAACUAGAAAUUAUAUUAGAGAAUUUCUUAAAAUUGCAACAAAUUAACAAUUGUGCAAAUCAGGUAUAAUUUUAAUUAAAAGCUGUGAACCGUAAUCCAAGAAAAAUAUCCUUUGUAACAUUACGUGUUUUUAACUCAUUUCAUACAUAACUAAAAUUGUAAGAAAUUUCCAGGGACGAAUAAAUCUUGUAUAUUUACUUCAUUUUGUAUAACUUAAAACUUUUUCGAUAAAUUGAAAGUAUCUUAACUUUGUAUCUUAUCUUAAAGUAAAUUUUGAGUAUCUUAAGGAAAGUAUCUUGAAGAUACAUUUCAAUGUAUCUUGCUUACCCUUGGUGACUAUAUGCAUACACGCGAUAGAGAUUUUAUUAAAAACUUCUACGAUUGUUUGCCUGCCCAAGUUUGUCCUGGAGAUUGUGAUUUCCCGGUAUUAAACUUGCCACUGGUUGGUAUAAAAAUUUUACAAUAGAUAAAUGAGCAUGUGUUACCCCUAUAAAAAGUCUUUAUCACCGGACUAUCCCCAUGCUGUAUUACUUAUCAAUGAUAAGUCAUGACUACAACUUCUGUAUAACUUUCAAAAUCAUUACAUACAUUUGCAUUUGUUUUUAGUUUAAGAAUACCGCACGACAUUAUUUUAUUACUGGAUUUCAAAGAGUAUAAGUACACCCUAAACAAAAUUAUGUCAGACAGUGUAACCUACCCGUAUUGGUUAGCAUUUUAUUUCCGCACGGCGUAGUAACAUUUCCAUAUGGUUGAAAAGUUAUCACCAUUAGUAAUAAAAUUAUUACCAUGUGGAAUUAAAAAGUAUAACCAGUUCGGUUAAGUCACAUGGUGACACCGCGCGGUGUUAAUCGUUAAAAUUGUAUUUUCAGUGUAAAUAUGCUAAUCAUGCAAAAAUGUUGGUCUCGCAAGUUACAAAAUACAGAUAUUUUCGUCCGGCAGAAUCCCAGCAACAUAAAUACAUCCGCACUUUCCUACUUAUCAAUAAUCAUUCUUAAAUCAAUGGGUUUAAUGUAACUUAGUACUUUUGAAUGCACAUAAACGUCCUUCUUGGAAAGCGGGAUUAGCCAAACUUAUCAGUAUUUACUAAACUGAGGACGUGUUCACGCUGUUCCCAAUUGAUAUAUAUGCGUCAACAGUAGGCUUAUCUUAUCUGGGGCCGGCUACUGUGCCCGACCUACUUUUAUUCGUACGUUGUGUUUACUUAUUUAUGUACCAGUCGAUAAAUAUGCAGAUACGUAUGUGCAAAGGGAAAUGUUUGAAUGAGACAAUACUUUUUCAAGAAAUAAAUUAUUAGUUGGAUAGACGUGUUUUGUCAUAGUACAAGUUCGUUCACCGAGAAAUUUCCGAACUUAAGGUUUAUACAGCACUAAAUUGGACAUUUCUUAAAUUCAUGGCAUUUGAUAUCGUGCAGGGUGACUGCGCAAGAAAAUAAUCAUCCUGACAAAUCACUAUAUAUCGAAAUAGUAAACAACAAUUCAUCUCUUCUCAAUUUUUAAAACAUUGAGUGGAGUACAUAAAUAAUUAUAUACUCGGCGAUCGUGUUUGUAAAGGGUUAGUUGUACAUAUAUAAUUUCAUAUCGGAUGGACAACGAGAAAGCUUACUUUUCGGAUUUUUGUUAAUUCAAAACUUGAAAAAAAAUAUAUAAACUCCAAAAGUUUCCAAAAUAUUUUUUAAAAUUAAACAUUUCUUUAAUCCUUUGCAUCGAUGAUUUCUAUUUUUUAUGUCGCAUCAGCAUGAUAAAAGUUAUUCCUAGUUGACAAAAAAACCCAAGCUUUCCACUUAAAUAUAGCCUGAAAAUUCUGCCACGCAAAUAGUCUAUUCCGUGGGGUAAGCUAAAUCUAGUAACACUGGUUUCCCAGCCUUUGUCCAGACAACAAAUUGGAUUUGUCCGUUUAAAAUCGUCUCACAUUAGCCAUUAAAACCAUUGCCUUUUGACAAUCCAUAACAUGAUUUUUAAUAAUUAUUGCGAAAUAUUUUCAUAACUAUUCUGCAAUUAAGAUUCCCAGCAAAGUUCUACUUGGUACGCCCAGUGACAUUUAGAUAUCGUCACUGAAGGGUGGGAAGGGCGAAUCGUAGUAUGUAAUCGGUGUGCAAACAGUAAACCGAAUUGUUUACCUCGAAGAAUUUUAUAUUUAGAAUAUGUGCUAUAUUUCGGUGUAUUACAUUCUGCGAGGUUGGUCCUUUUCCUAUUGAGGCUACAGUACGAUUCGCCAUUUCAUCAAGGAUACGUGGAAUCGACAAUGGGAACAAGUCAAACUAUUCGUACGUUCAAACUCUACGAAGACGCAUUUUACAAAUGCAACUGGGAUGGUAGCGGAGCAUGUAAAGCAUUUCAAAUCAGUGGAGAGCAAUGUCUUAACCUUGACGACUAUAAUGACAAAGUGUCCUCAAUUGACACGCUAGGAAAUUGUAUGAUGAUUUGGGAACAUCCCCAUUGCACGGGAGAUUCAGUAGAAAUUGGGCCUCUAACUAUGUAUAACACGGAUCUCCGUGGUCUCAAAAUGAGCGAUGGAAGGAAUUGGGAUGACCAGAUGUCUUCCAUUAGUGUUUCCCCGAGAUUGUGUUGCUCAGGUUAUUUCGAAUGCCGGAAUUACGUCUGUAUCAAACCUGACUGGGUUUGCGACGGCCAAGAUGAUUGCUCUGAUGGGGAAGACGAAAUACAUUGUAAUCGAGUAGCUAGUGUAAAAAUCGAUCACCGUCCAAUCAAAUCAACAAAACAAAUUAUUGAGGGCGAUGGAGUUAGGUCGCAAGCACAUGACGGACGAAGUACGAUACCCGUUAGGAACUGCUCAACCAAAGAAACGUACUGCCAUCGAGAUGCUAAAUGUAUUCAAAUAAAUGAGACCUGUCGCGAAACAGAACUUCAAGUCCAUGAUGGCGUUGGUACAUCGUCAGCACCGGAUAAGACGGAGAUCAACCGAAUUUUCGUCACUAGUGCCAUAGUACUUUUAGUGAUUCUUCUAUUUUCUCUUAUAAUCUUCAUGAGACAAAGGAAAAACAGGAACGCCUCUACUACGAGAACGCCAGGCAUCAUACUGCAACCCAGAAAUUCACACGAAAUGCAGCCCUUCUUCCCCCAACCCCGCUCUGAAUCAAUCUUUCCUUUACCGCCCCCUUGGAAGACUAACCCCUCCUUAAUCUGCCUUUCCCCCCUGGGCGAAGGAUUUUUCGGAAAAGUGUACCAAGUCGAAGAUCAAAGCGCAAUUGUCCCCCCAACCGAAUAUGCCAUCAAGUGUAUCGACAUGGUAAAAAAGCUCAAAAGCUGCAGCCCAUCUUACACCACAUCCGGCGAGGAAAGCAGUCGUACCAGGCAAAACUGUAUGACCACUUUGCUCAACGAAAUGCAAAUCAUGGACCAGCUUUCCUGUGACCAUGUCGUCCGUUAUUAUGGUUGCUGGGCAGAGGCGGAAGACUGUAGUCAGCUGCUCUUAACAAAGUCCCGUUUGGAGAAAUAUAUCCGCGAGGUAAUCGAGCAUUGCAAUAGUUCUGCGUCUUACAUCCCAAGUUCACCCUUGAGUCAUAUUUUCAUCCGAAUGGAACUUUGUAACAUCACGUUGAAAAAAUACUUGGAGGUUUUCCGAUGGCGAGAUGAGCUCGGAAUUGUUACACAAAUCGCGGCCGGACUUCUCUACGUGCAUAGAAAAGGGUACAUUCACCGCGAUAUUAAACCAGGAAACAUAUUUUGUAAGGUAGAAUCGGGUGGAAAGUCGACCUGGAAAGUUGGCGACUUUGGUUUGACGGUGAUGAGCAGCGAAGUUGGAAAUUCUGGGGUGGCAGGGACAUAUCUUUAUCAAAGUCCAGAAAUGAGGAAUGAGUUGAGUUACACGGAUAGAACGGAUUUGUACAGUUUGGGGUUAGUAGGGGCUGAGAUAUUACAUGGGAUUAGAAAGAAUUUUAAUAGAAAUGAUGUUUUCGCUCACUUGCGAAAAUUAGGGGGCACUGAGAGACGAAAUUAUUUGAAUUCUUGUUAUGCAGGAAAGUAUAAAAAAUUGAUUUGUAUUAUUAACCAGUUGCUUAAUGUACAAAUGGUCGUCCUUGUUCAGAGAAGUUGUACAACCUGUUGAGUAGCAUAAAUUCAAAAGACGCGCCAGUCUUAGUGUGACUAGUCAUGCGUCCCCUCCUCUGUAGGAAUCGUACCAUCGGUGAAUUAAUCUCCACGAACAUAUGAUCGGUCAUUUUCAGAUUAGAUGUAAAUAAAGCUGCUUCGCUGAAGCACAGUACAAAGUGUUUCAGAAAAGUAGAUUGGUACGUCACCAUCAUCUGUGAAUGAUUUAAAAAUUCGAAUUACAAUAUUUCAAGCACCAGCGCCCAAUUUCACUUCAUUGUAAAUAAAAAAUAAUCCAUAUUCCUCCCAAUCAGCGUUGGAACUCCUACAUAAAGAAGAACGACAAUUUGUAACAAUAUUUAUAACAGAGGAAUAUAGGUAAUUCAUACAAAUAUGUAUUCAUGUUUAAAAUACCAGACUUGGGCAGAUUACUUUUAAUCUGAUUACAUUGUUCCAAAAAUGUAAUUCUGUAAUUCGUUAAGAUUUUUAAGUAAUCUGUAAUCUUACUUAGAUUAAGUUUGUUAUCGAAAUGUAAUUCGAUUACAGCCAGAUUACAGAUUACAUUUUUGAAUUAUGUAGGAACGAUGGGCCACUAUUAGCGCUCUCCAUCAACCCGCAAUUUUGAAAAAAUUAUUCGUAUUUAUGGCUCGUAGAAAAUUAUUCUUAAACCUUACAAUUUAAAAAUCAUGUCUUCAAGUUAGAUGUUUCCAAGCAAUAAAAAUGUAUCACUUACCAUUAUUCGGGAUGGGCCCUUUUUUAGUUUGACUCAAGUGGACGAAAAUAAAGUGACGCCAAGUGUCAACAAAUUUGCAGUAAUAAUUAUGACACAGCGACAUGGGUUAAGGCUCACUCAUUUCCUAUUUCACUCAAACUAAUUUCUUCGAAAAUAAAGAAUCUAUUUUUUAAAUAGCAAGCGUUUGUAGUACCAAAAAUUAAUUUUACAUUAAAAAAAGAAAAAUUGCAUUCAUCUUAAAACCGAUGAAAUUUAACGAUUUUAGAAAUUUCCAUGUAAACACAUUGGAUAGGGGCAGCGUGAUAAGAAAACUCAAUGACACUCGGUUUAUUGAAUGUAAACAAUUAUUGGCCCAUAUAACUCGCAUAGAUAAACUCGAGAUAUAGGUUUUUGUUGCAUGUAUGUCAUGGGUUAGAUUGGAAAUUAGCUGACAGUAAAGUCGAUAUUACAUAACGAGAAGAUAAUAAUAAUUUGUCCAGUUUCGUUCAAAAAUUCAUUUAUCAAAUAAUCUGUAAUCUAAAUUUUAAUCGGAUUAUUAAUCUGUAAUCUGGGGAGACCUGCAGUAAUCUAAUCCAAAAAGUAAUUAAUUAUUGUAAAUUCGAUAACUUGUAAUCUUGUUUGUUUGUUGUUUAUUGUUUAUUAAAAUGUCGCGGAUCAUCAGUUUACACUGCUUUUCAGAUCAAGACACAAAAAAAUAAGAUUUGGCUACAUACUAGGUUAUUGACUUAUAACUAUGAAUAACCGUAGGAUAAUGUAAAUUAUGUUUAAUGUAAAACAGUAAAACAUGAACAUGUUAUUUGGUGACCAAUUCCCGUACUACGGCUUGGAAUCGAGAGUAUGUCAGCUCCCUUAUAUUCCAAUCUCUCGGGAGACUAUUCUAGAUUUUGUCCCGACGAUAAACAAUCGAUCGUUUGAAAGUCUCAGUUCUGUGAAUAGGAGCACAAAUGUUGGGACGAUUUGCACCACUAGUUCUUUCAUAAAAACAUGACUUCUCAUCAAUGUUGAGUUUAUAAGCGUUCUUAAGAGUAACAUAUGUAAUUUGAUCGUUCUUCAAUCGUUAGCAAAUUACUAACUAAAAAACUUCUCUGAUCUGCUUGACAUCUAACUUGUCUCUCAGGCUUUUAAGAGAUGUACUUUUUUUCCGUUUCUUGGCUAAUCUGGGGAAGUAAUAACUGGACAAAAAAUUGUCUAUGAUUUUUUGAAUUUUGGAAAGCAAAGUUGGUGUGUGUACAGUCCACAGGUCCAUACAAUAAUCAAUAAUUGAAUGCACUUGUGUGUUUAAUUUUGUGUUGACGAUAACACGAAUUGCCUAUUCACCAAUAACCCGUUUUAAUCCAUGUAGGAAUUUCGAGUGCAAAAAAACUGCUUACUUGACCAACUGUAAUCUGCCCAGUAUGUAAAAUACUUCUAAAAUGAUAUAAUAAAUUAAGUAGUAAUAUUAAUAGUAGUAAUAUAGCGUAAGGGGCGCGCGGAGUACAGAGAAACAUAUUGACAAGUAACAAAUAUCGGUGGGUUACCAUCACCAUUCUAGUAAGAAUCAACAAUUUUUCAUGUCGUACAGAAACGCUAAUACUUAGAUAUAAACCUUUAAAAACAUGACACUACGGGUUUAUUUAGUACACUCGAAACCAAAUUAGGUGAUGCGGUGUCACUAUGUGACCUAACCGUAGUGGUUAGGAUUUUAUUACCGCACAGUGUAGUCAUAUUAACAUAUUGUUUAAACAUUAUAACCAUGGUAAGUAAAAUUAUUACCAUGCGGUAUCAAAAAUUAUAACCAGGUCGGUUAACUCGCAUACUGACACAGCGCAGUGAUAGUUGUUAAAAAUUUAUUUUCAGUUUAGCUAUCACUCCGGUGAACUCAUGUAUUUAUGUAAGCACGGUGUACAUUAAGGUCUGCUAGAUUGUUAAUAUGUACAAAUACAGUGAAGCCCAAAAUUUAUAUUAUAGUGAUACAUGUAUACAUAUGUACACUAGAGUUCAUUUACAUACAUAUACUUGUUUAGAAUCGUUGUAUAAAUUGUGUUAAAAACUAAAGACUAGUUGAGUUAGCAACAUCCGUCAAUGCAAA